AUGGACGAUAUAUUAAUCACGGGCAACGACAACGAUGCCAUAGCCAAUCUUCUAAACAAAUUAAACUCCCAAUUCACCAUGAAACAACUUGGCCUAGCUCGUCAUUUUCUCGGCAUCACUAUUCAAUCUAUGCGAGAUAAGUAUUUUCUAUCACAGCAAUCCUAUGCUCAAUCUCUGCUUCAGCAAACAAAUCUACACAAAUGCAAUUCUCUGUCUAAUCCGUCCUCUACUAAACAGCCUAUCAAAGUGAACCAAGACAACACGAUUGCAGAUGCUAUCACCUAUCGGAAAAUCACCGCGAUUCAGUAUCUGACUAUCACGCGUCCAGACAUCGCUCAUGCCGUCAACACUCUGUCUCAGCACAUGCACGAUCCAGAACCAAUUCAUCUCCAUCUCUUAAAGCGUCUUCUUAGGUAUAUCCUGGGUAACAUCACCUUCGGAUUACCUAUUACCAAAUCCUCCAUGAUCCUUCGUACGUUUUCGGAUGCGGAUGCGGACUGGGCUGGUGAUCCGAUCACCAAGAAAUCGACAUCAAGUUUCUGUACAUUUCUUGGAGACACAUUGGUUUCAUGGACAGUGAAGAAGCAGAACACGGUAUCUCGCUCGUCCACAGAAUCAGAAUAUAGGGCGUUGGCUGCAGCUACCGCGGACACGAUCUGGCUGAAACACCUUCUGGCUGACUUCAAUAUCCCGCACACCAGCCCUGUUGCGUUCUAUUGUGACAAUACAUCGGCAAUUGCUUUGGAGAAUAAUCCGGUCUUCCACGCACGUACGAAGCACAUAGAGAUCGAUCAAAGAUUCAUCCGGGAUCACAUUUAG